CCUCCUAUCGGUGCCGCAGGAAAAGCGCAGAGAAGACGCCGCGGAGAGAUAGAGGGAGAGAGGAAAACAGUUAGAAAAGAGAAGGCAGAACAACAUGGAUCCGAACCGCGUCUUUAGUUAACGUGUGGAAGCGGCCCGCUGCUUGUUGGCCCGUCAGCUCUCCUCCUCUGACGCACAGCGGCUCCGUUAUGUCGGACAACCUGAGGAGAAUAUUUCGUCAGGGAAUGGAGGAAAUCUUCAGAAAUCCUGCUGCCGCUUAAACCGCGCUGCGCUCUCGGGCUUUAAGGAUAUUACUGAAACAUCUAACUGAGGAUGGUGCCCGUGUGACCGAGGAGCGCCCCUGUCAGCUAUCCAACUCGUCCGUGCCCUCCAACAACCACGCCACACUCAAAGUUUUUUCUCUCCAUUUUUUUUUUUUUUUUUUUUUUUCCAGAAGAAGGGGGGAUUUUACUGCAUUGAAUUCCUCUGGACGGGAUGUCAUCCGCAGUCAGGAGGAAUUCCUCUGGCUGACUGGUCCUCCAGCUGCAGUGUAGUGUAGCGGGCUCCCGAGAGAGAGAGAGAGAGAGAGAGACAGACAGACAGAGAGAGAGAUAGAAGAUGGGAGAUCAUGCGGCAGAUGACAGAGGGGUGAGACGGACCUUCAUCGUCCCUGCCAUCAAGAGCUUCGAUCACUACGACUUUACCAGGGCCAAGAUCUCAUGCAGCCUGACGUGGCUGGUGGCCAAGGCUUUCGGCUCGGAUGCAGUACCAGAAGAGCUGGCCGAGCCUUUAUACAAGGACCAGUACAACCAGGAGCACCUGAAGCCUCCGGUAGCCUGCCUGCUCCAGUCCGCAGAGCUCUACUGCCGGGCGGGAAGCCUGAUCCUCCGCAGUGAUGCUGUCAAACCUCUACUGGGACACAACGCUGUCAUCCAGGCCCUGGCCCAGAAAGGCCUGUACGUCACUGACCAGGACCGACUGGUCACUGAGAGAGAUCUGACCAGCACGCCCAUACACAUGAGUUCCCAUCUGGCGCUCAUAGAUACCCUGAUGAUGGCCUAUACUGUGGAGAUGGUGAGUGUGGAGAGGGUGAUGUCCUGCAUCAACAGGUACUCCUCGGCUGAACCCCUACACGGUGACGGACACAUCCAGGAGCUGCCUUAUGACACCGAGGAUGCAAUCGCCACCUGGAUCAACAAGGUGAAUGAACACCUGAAGGACAUUCUUGUCGAAGAGCAAAAGCUGAGAGAGGCUUACUUCCACGAGUCAAACACAACAACACACAAAGCUCGCUAUAGGAGGGAGCAUGCCCAGCAGAGGAGCCCUCCAUCGCUCCCCCUGGUGGAGAACCUGCUGAAGGACAACACGGACGGCUGUGCCCUGACCGCCGUGCUGCACUUCUACUGCCCACAGGCCGUCAGACUGGAAGAUAUCUGCCUCAAGGAGACUAUGUCUUUGGCUGACAGUCUGUACAACCUCCAGCUGGUGCAGGAGUUCUGCAGGAACAACCUCAACCACUGCUGCCAUUUCAGCCUGGAGGACAUGCUCUACGCACAUGCAUCCAUAAAGAGUAACUACUUGGUGUUUAUGGCUGAGCUUUUCUGGUGGUUUGAAGUGGUUAAACCGUCAUUUGUACAGCCCAGAGUCUUCAACCCUAACGCCUGUGAGCCUGUAUCAUCCUGUAGAAAAAUGGCUCCUGUGUCCAGUCCAGUUCAACAGAGCUAUGCAGACAGACCUGGCAGUCCAGAGUACAUCCCUGCACAGGGUAUAAUGAAGAGGUCUACCUCCAUGUCCUACGUGGAUGGCUGUGUUGGGACAUGGCCCAAAGAAAAACGCUCCUCCUCUCGGGGAAUCUCCUUUGAGAUUCCUCUGGACGGAGACCUGACUAUGCUGCCCUGUGAAGCUCCCUCCUUCAGCGGUAUGACCCGCUCAGCCAGCAGUGACGGUCUUCAAAGUUUCAAAGUUCACUAUGCAUCCCGAGGGAGCAUGAAGCGCCACCACUCCCUCAUGCCCGUUGAUGUCAAUGGCCAGAGCAGACACAUACCUGAGGAGGAUGAGGAGUUCACCUCCCUCAAACCCCUGGGGCGCAACAACACGUUCUCAGUCAUGGACCAAAGCAGGUACUCCAAUGGAGUCCUCCCGGACAGCAACCACAUCCCCAACAAUCACCAUGGCAACCAUAGUGGCCACAUUAGCCCAUCAACUCCUCCAAGCAUUGAGGAGGCCCUGAAGAUUAUCCACGACACAGAAAGGCCCCAUGCUAGCCUGGGUGUGGGGGACGGAGACAAUGGCUUCUUUCUCCACGGCGCCGAGCCUUGGGGCCCUUCAGACCCUCCAGGAGCCCAGGGUCAAGGAGACGACCCGGACUCAGCUAAGGCUCGGCUGAACGACCACGACCUCAACUCUGUGUCCACUGAUGAAGUUGACACAGGCAUCCAUGUGAGGACAGAGGACAUCCAGAGCUUGGAUGAGGACUCCUCCUCUCUGAGAGACUAUUCAGAUAUAGACCCAGAUUGUGAGGCCAUGACCCGGUCGUGCCCUCUGCCCGACCAGCCGGAUAGGGAGAAAAGCAGGGAAGGAGGACGGAAAGGGCUCGAUGAUGCUGACGCCGAGUAUGAGAGGGGAGAUAGAGGUGACAGGAGCAGCCCCUGUCCCAGUUCAGCACCCACAAUCCCCAGGUCCUACACAGUCAGUCCCGUCUCGUCCUCCGGAGGCGGCCUGGUCCGGAUGACCAGCUUUGCAGAGCAGAAGUUCAGGAAGCUGGAGGGAAGGAGUAGUGGAGGAACCACGCCAGAGAGUUCAGAUCUCAAUGUGCCGUAUACACACCUGCCCAGAAGCAUUUCUUCUCAGAUGUCUACACCUCCUUUGCCAAUCACAUCUCCCUCUCCAGUAACGCUUUCCCCCAGAGACCCCUCCCACCUGAUAGCCUCAGAGAUGAUUCAGCUGAGGAUGAAGCUGGAGGAGAAACGGAGAGCCAUCGAAGCCCAGAAGAAAAAGGUGGAAGCAGCUUUCACCCGCCAUCGUCAGAGGAUGGGCAGAACAGCCUUUCUGAAUGUAGUGAGAAGAAAAGGAAUCACGGCCCCUCUCAGCCCCAGCUCAGGGGAAGCAGAGACGCCUUCUCCAGAGCCACUCCCAGCCUCAAAGGAAAGCAGCCAGGCCAGCAUGGAGCGGGCAGAGAGAUGCAAGCCAGACGGAGCAGCUCCGAAAUCCCCCUGUGAGGAUGGUGGAGGUGUGGCUCCGGGAGAAAUCGACCUUACAGAAUACACACGCUCCAUUGAGAGGCUGAACACGUCGCUGGGCUUCCUGCAGACAGAGAUGCAGCGUUUGUCCCAGCAGCAGGAGACCAUCAUGUCCAUGAGAGAGCAACAGCAACGAGCCUGGGUCAUUCCUCCUCCUGCUCCAUCUCCACACAGGCAGCUCCGAGAGUUGCGUAGCAGCAGUGUAACAGGUCGAGGAUCAGGCCGAGGCUCUGUUGGCUCUUUGUCUCCCAUCCUUUCUUCUUCCGGCUCUCCCCGCGCUCCCAAUCAUUCCCCUGCUGGCCUUAAGCGCCGGCCGGCCUCCUUCCAUGCCAGGACACCUAGGACACCCCGACCAAAUGAUCUGAAAGUCACACCCUUCAGUCGAAUGCUCAACACCCCCACCUCUGUGGACAGCCUGCCCAGACUUAGGCGUUUCACCCCCAGCCAACCCCAGGUCAGCGCGUUUGCUUACCUGGGCCACGAUGAGGGGCCUCGGGAAAGCGAGAACCAAGAGGCCAAAGACAACAGAGAAAACACUGAGGACAAAGAUGAAGCAGUGGUAAAGAAGAGUGCUGGCACUCCUCAGCCAUCUACUACAGAAGCAGCCAAAGAGAAGGAAGACGAGCGACAGGAGGGAAGAAAACAGGCAGAGCGAGCUCAUUCCAAGGGUGGAGUCAAGCAGUGUCAACCGGUGUCUGAGAUCCAAGGGCCCACAGGCAGCCGGGUAAAGGGAGACGCCCAGGACAGAAGAGACUUGGUGGAGGUGCCUCUGUCUGGACCGAAACCUCCUGAACGACGACCGCACCGUCAGGAGAUGACGGGAGCGACAGAGGCCGGAGGAGACAUGUACGGAGAAGACCAAAAGAUCUGCUGUGGAUUCUUCUUCAAGGAUGAUGUGAAAGGGGAAGAGGACAUGGCAGCAAAGAAAGCAGCUCUGCUGGACAAGAGGCUGAGGAGGGAGAAGGAGACGCAAGAGAAGAAGCAACAGCAGGAGCUGGACCAGGAGCAGAAGAAGGAAGCUGCACGGUUGAAGGCCGAGGAGGAGCAGCUGAAGAAGGAUGACGAGAAGGCGAGGAGGGAUUACAUCAAGCAUGAGUAUAUGAGGAGGAAGCAGCUCAAGCUGAUGGAAGACAUGGACCAAGUCAUCAAGCCUCGAUCUGGAAGUCUCAAGAAGAAGCCCCGGCCCAAGUCCAUCCACAGGGACGUCGUGGAGACUACGCCCCCCGUCAGAGCGACAGGGGUGCGUCCUCGAGGCUUCUCAGUAUCAAGUGUUUCUUUGGCGUCUCUCAACCUGGCUGACAACGACAGAGAUCAGCCAAAUAACAGGAAGAACAACAGGCCAGACUCUGCAGAAGGUUUCUCUUCCUGUCCUUCGACUGGUAGUCGUAACGGAGAGAAGGAUUGGGAAAAUGACUCCACCACCUCAUCCACUCCCUCCAACAAUGAGUACACAGGACCCAAACUUUACAAGGAGCCCAGUGCCAAGUCCAACAAGCACAUCAUCCAGAACGCCCUGGCUCACUGCUGCCUGGCUGGCAAAGUCAACGAGGGGCAGAAGAACAAGAUACUUGAUGAAAUGGAGAAAUCCGAAGCCAAUAACUUCCUUGUGUUGUUCCGUGACGCCGGAUGCCAGUUCAGGUCUGUGUACGCCUACUGCCCCGAGACGGAGGAGAUCACCAAACUGGCCGGCAUCGGGCCCAAGAGCAUCACAACCAAGAUGAUCGAGGGCCUGUACAAGUACAACUCGGACAGGAAGCAGUUCAGCCAGAUCCCAGCCAAAACCAUGUCCGCCAGUGUGGACGCCAUCACCAUCGCCAGCCAUCUGUGGCAAACCAAGAAGCAGGGGACGCCCAAAAAACUGCACACUAAGUAGCGCCAGAUGGCCGGGGGGAAGAUUUGGACACGCUUCUCUGGAACGAACACAGAAGAAAUUGCGGAUUUUACUUUUUCAUUAAAAGGACACACGAUCCCACUGUAACAAAUCACAACUGGAAUGUAGAACACAAGUGGGCCUCACAGACAUUGAUGUUGUUACAGAGUUGUUACAAUCUGGACUACUUAAAUGGGGCACGAGUGUGUACUGUGUGUCAGCAUGUGUAUCAAUGUUCUCAUGUGCCAAAAAAAUAGAGAGGAAAACAAUAGGCGGACCAAUGCCUUACCUAGUUGAAGCACUGAAUGUUUGGUUUCUAUAAGUUAAUCAUGUGUGGCCUUAUGCUUGUUUUGUGUCAUAUGGAUGCGCUGUGAGUGUCGGUGUCAUUUUGUCAGCGCUUGUUGUAAAAAGUCUGUUGUGAUACAGGAGAGCUCGUGUACUCACAGGUCUGGGAUCAGACCCCUGGCCCCGCCACCCCGCCACCCCCUCAACCCACACACUCAAGCCCAGGUUGAUAUAAGGGUGGCCUGUCUGAUCUGUGAUCAGGUAGAGGCAGCAUUCUAGAUGAGUUUUGCUGCUAUACAGGCAUGUUUUUUAACAUGUAACUGAAAAACCUAUAAAAAGUUCAAAUUUGUGUAUGUGUGUGUAUAGUGAAGUGCCAAGACGAGUAAAAAUUCCUCAGCUGGUGAUUGCAAUUACUUUGCAGAAGUGUGAAAUGAUGAGAGUAUGAGAGUUGAGCAUACCUGCAAUAGACUCUUAAUUUAUUUCAUUUUGAUAAUGCUUUGAAGACAUUUUGAUCUUAGAUUUUAUUCAGAGAAACAUAAUAUACUGUACAUAAAUAAGUUAAAUUAGUUUGUAUAGGAUGGCAGAUCCAUUGGAAAUGAACGAGUCCGCUUGUGAUAGCUUUUUAGUAGCUUUUAUAAUUUAUCACGUGUGCGUAGCAGUAUGUUGUCGUUUGGGGCCUUUAAUUGUGCUAGAAAUGCAAAAACAAAAGUGUGAUCACUCAACAGUAUCACUGGGAAGACGAUCAUCAGUAGUAGAAUAGACGGAUGUCCCACCCUGUGUCAUCACUCUGUGCAAUUUAAGAGUAAUUUAAUCACCGUUGUUCAUGUUGCAGUUGGAACUAACAAAUACUCAAAAUGCCACUUUCAUGUGGAUAUUGUCUUACCUUUUAGAUCUUGAUUACCCUCAAAGUAGUCCACAAUUGUAAAUACAUGAAUUCACCUAUGAUAGCACUUCAAGACCCAGUCCACUGUCGUUGAGUUGUGUCCGCUUCAGGACUGUCAUGCUUUUUACUUUACUUUCACGUUACUGUUACAUUUUUUGUUAUCACGUUCCUUCCUUAGUAUGUGUUGGCACUGUACAGAUAUAUUUUGGCAUAAAGAAGUAUUUUUUGUAAUGACAUUGACCUGUUGGAGGUGUGUACUAAUGAUGCAGUACAGUUGUUGAAGCAAGUAUGUUGAAAGCAAAGGCAAGGUAUAUAAAGUCUUAAUUGAUUAGGCUUUAUUGUGGUAUUGUAUGAAAUUCCCUUAAGUAUACUGACAAAAAUCCUAGUUUUUUUUUCCAACUCUGAAUCCAUUUUUGUUUGCAAUUUACUAAAUAUGCUCAACUGUUCAUGGGUUUUGGUUGUUUUUCUAUUACUUGAGCUUUAUUAAAAUGCCAGCUAUCAACAUUA